GUUAAUAUCAACUCAGUUUCUUUCCAGAGGAUUAAGGUAAACUGAGUGAAUUGUUAGGCAUUUAGCUUAUGACUAUUUAGCAGAAAAAAAAAUCAUGCAGUAGAGGCUUGUUAAAAGUUGUUAAAAUAAUCUGAUUGUUUUUUCUUACUGAAUGACUGAGCUGUUAAAUAAUGAAGAAAUAGUAGACGUUUUGCUUUGCCUCUGGAAGGACUGUAGUGUCCUGCAUUAACUUUAAUUUGCCUUUGAAUUUAUUUUUUAUUUGUUUUUAAUUUAAAACUCCACCAACCAAAUUCUCAAAACCAUCUUCAACAUUCACCAGUGAUAUAAUUUUUAACUCUGAGGUAAUUUAAAAUUUAUUUCAACAUACUUAAACGUAGUUGAGUCUGCCCAGAUUUUGCUCAGUUUUUGUUAAAUUUGGAUAUGGCCCCCUGCCUGGUCUAAGUCCAUCCCAGUCUGAACUGCCUCCUGAAGGGCAGUCAUCUUCUCUUCCCAUCUGCCUGUUCAUGCCUCUUUACUUUGUUUGUCCUCUGCAGUUGUGUAGCUUCAUACAAAGGAAGACUGCACAGAAAUCUGAGGAAAAAAAGACACAUUUCAUAGUGUCACAUCCCAGGCUAAGAUUAGUUUAGUUUUGUUGUGAAUACACGUCCUCAUGCGUGUUUUGCUAGCAGUAGUGGAGUGAUUGGAUGACCGCAAUCUGGAGAGGUUGCAAGCACUUUGUAAUUCAGUAUGUAAGUGAUUUUUAAAAAUGAGUUUAAAUCGCUAAGUUGAAAUUCAGUUGCGGUUAAGUACAAAGUAUUAUGGAAAGAGAAAUCCAGGUUGCAAAUAAAAAAUUGGGAAACAUUCAGAUAAUUGUUUUGUAGCUGUAACAAUAUUGGCUCAGGUUUAAUAGAACAAACACUAAGAUUUGCUGAGGUUACAAAGAAACACCACUUCUAGCUUUAGCAAUACAAGUAUCUAUUGUCUUUCUCACAGGGGCUCUGCUGCCCCUGUGGAUCUGUUGAAUGACCAGGCUGUGUAAGUGCUGUUAAUUUAUUAUGAGCAAAAUGAACUGUUUCAUCUCAGAGCACAAUUUAAACUUUAUUUUAAUAAUCUGCCUAUUCUGAACUGCUGUGUGGAGUGACUGGAGAGGUGGAAGGGGUGGGAAGCAAAUCAGUGGUUUCACAGUAUAGCUAGGUCCUCUGCACCCAAAACUUUAGGAACCAUGAAUUUAGAGAAGCUUAGAGGGGGAAAAAUGUUUAUAGGAAAGAAUAUGUAAUUGCAUAUUAUUAAAAACUGGUUCAUGCUGACUAGUGAAACUGAACAAUUCCCUUCUGCACAGGUAUUUAUAAAACAGUAAAAGAAUGUUUUAUACGCCUUGAGAUGGCUUACCUCAAGAGAAAGAACUAGGAUCUUCCACUGAGGACUUUUCCAGACAAUAUAAUUAAUCUGUCAGAUAUAUGAGGAAUGUAUGCAAUAGUGGAGACACAAGAAUCAACCAGCCAACCAAAAAAAUGUAUACUUUGAGAAUACUUGUAAGGAAUCUAGAGUUUGGAUGACAUGGGUAAUAAAGGCCAAAUAUGGUGAAAACUACACAGUUGGCUGAUGAAAAUACAUUUUGAUAUGACUGAAGGGUAACCUACCAAAAUUCUAGUUCACAGGACACAUUUUAAAUGGCUCCCUCCAUUUGUGUUAAAAUUAUUGCUUUUAAUGAGGAUUGGGGGUGUAUUUUGAGUAGUGCAAAUAUUUAGAAUCAUACUGUGGACUUCUAAAUAUUUUAAAUUCAGCAAACUAGGUAAGAGGGUGCGCAGCUAAUUUGAGCAAAUACGAAUAGGAGCGGGCAAGAGCUGAGAGCCCCAUGCCUUUUCAGUAUUGUGGAACCCUAGACAGUGAGGUAGCAGGAAUGCUCUACUAAUACCUAGCAUUAUUUUGUACAGCUAAAUGUUCUCAUACACAGCGUGCUGUCUUUAGUCUCUCUUUUAAUUUGAAAGUUUAGAAAAGCUCUAAAGAGGACUAUCUCAAAUUAUUUCAGACACCACAUCACUUCACAGGAGGCAACUUCCAAUGUAAGGCUUUAGUCAAGAAAUCAAGUAAUCAUUUGUAACAGAAGUGUGCUUUGCACAGAAGACACAGCUUUUUGCUAUCAAUAAUGAAAUUGUCAAAAUAAAGUACAAGAAUACAAAGAUACUUGCGUGAGUCCCCAAUACCAUCAGAAUAGAAUAGCAUAUCAGCUUCUUUGCUUUACAGUUCUGAUGUUCUGUAGACUCCUUAAAAAUAUUUAUUCCACUAAGAAGUUCUUCAGAGGUUCAGAAGCUGAGACAUCUGAAAACAACCAUUAAAAUUCACUUACCAGUGAUUGGAGAUAGAGAGGCUACCUACGAUUUUUGAAAGCUGAGAUGUCUAAAGUUUGGGCGAUUUGAGAGAUUAAACAGACACAGCGUUACAACUGAAUUAAAAUUAGUAUGUUCCUCUUGUCUGUUGCUCUGUUUGUAAACACAAUCAGAUGUGUCAUCACCACUAAACAAAUUUCUAUUGUAGAAAAUGAAUGUCCACUCUGUGUGGGUUUUAGCCUUAUUGGCAUUUGUUUUCAGUUGUCUCUAAAAAUCUCAUGCAUUUCAUGUUUGGUAUAAUAAUUUUGAAGUGGAUUUGUAUUUAUAGAAUUUAUUUUUUUGAUGAUACUUCAGUUAAUUGUGGAGGGUUUUUUAUUUGGAUUGAGUUCACUUGUAUGGCACUAUUUGUCACCUUUUAAUCUGCCCUGUUGCUUAAUGUUAAGUAAAUGUGUUAAAUAAAAGUUAAACUAUUUACUUGCUUUUAUAGGCAUCUAGAUAUUUUCCAGUAGAAAGACUUCUGUUUUCUGUAAGAUGCUGUUACCUCAAGUGUUAAUGAGUUUCCAGCUAUGAAAAUGUCAUUAUAUACCUUAAGUAUUUAAUUAUAAAUUUGAAAAAUCUUCAUGAGCAAUCUCAAAGGAAUAUUUGGAACACACUCAUAAAUGUGAGAAGUGGAGGAACCGCAGUCCAUUUCAAUACUGUAAUAUUAAUCAAAAUCAUUUUUAAAACUGGGAGACUGAAUAUCCUUGCUCUUUAUGGAGACAUCGUAUGAAAGCAAUGUCUAAGUCUUUGUAAAACUGUUGCCCAAUAGACUAGAAAAUGGAGUCACAGCUGGACCCCAUGAAGGAUGAUUUGCCCUUAAUGGCCAACACAAAUUACAUGCUUGUGAGGCAUUAUGUAUUGGACUUGGAUGUGGAUUUUAAAAGUAAAGUUAUACAAGGCAUCAUAGUUUUAUUCUUUGAGACUGGGAGCCAUUACCUGAAAACCAGCAGUAGUGGCAAAGAAUGCUGUCAGUCACAGUUUGAUGAAACCUGUAAAGUGAAGCCAUGUGAACCCUGCUACAUGCCUAUGACAACUGUGAGUGCCUGUUCACCUAAACUGGAAUAUAAUGAUUUUGCUGUCUGUGGUAAAGGUGAAGAAGACACUUCUGAUAAAAAUGGUAACCAUAGCAACGAGGCACAGGCUUCUGGGAUUUCUAGUUCAAAGGACAUCUGUGACAUACAGAAUCAUGGGAACGAGGAUUUUCUGCUGGUACUGGACUGCUGUGAUUUAUCUGUGCUGAAGGUUGAGGAGGUAGAUGUUGCUGCUGUGUCAGGCAUUGAAAAAUUCACAAGGUCUGCCCAGCUAACAGAUGUUUCAAAGGAGCUGGAAAAUCUCAGUAAUCAGAUUGUACAUGAACUUGUGACUUUACCUGCAGAUCGCUGGAAGGAACAGCUGUACUAUUUUACUCGCUGCAGCCAGGCACCUGGCUGUGGAGAGCUUCUGUUUACUACUGGCACUUGGAGCUUGGAGAUAAGAAAAUCAGGAGUUCAGACUCCAACAGACUUUCCUCAUGCAAUAAGAAUAUGGUACAAAACCAAACCAGAGGGAAGAUCUGUUACAUGGACUACAGACCAGAGUGGCAGGCCAUGUGUUUAUACGAUGGGAUCGCCAAUAAACAACAGAGCUCUUUUCCCAUGCCAAGAGCCACCUAUUGCCUUGUCAACGUGGCAGGCCUCCGUCCGAACAGCUGCAGACUUUGUUGUGUUAAUGAGUGGUGAAAACUCAGCAGAGCCAGUCCAGCUUCAAGAAGGUAUCAUGAGCUGGUACUACUAUGUGACUAUGCCAAUGCCAGCAUCCACCUUCACUAUUGCUGUGGGGUGCUGGCAGGAAGUUAAACAGCAGGGCUUCACAGCUGCUAUCCAGACAAACACUAAGUUUUCCCUGCCAUCUUCACAAGCUGAUUUCAGAUGGCAUGAAGAAAUUUGUGGCCAUGUGGAAUAUCCCUGCCGUUUCCAGGAUCCUGCUGCCAGGUUGGAGGCAGUCAUUCCUUACAGAGUCUUUACUCCCCAUUGCCUUAUGGAAUGCUGUGAAGAAUAUUUGCUUCAGCUAAUUCCUCAGUGCCUCUCAGCUGCUUACACCACACUGGGUACCCACCCCUUUUCCAGGCUUGAUGUUUUGAUAGUUCCUUCCAACUUUUCCAGCCUGGGAAUGGCUAGCCCACACAUCAUCUUCCUGUCACAGAGUGUACUAUCAGGAGGGAGCCAGCUCUGUGGAACACGUCUGUGCCAUGAAAUUGCUCAUGCUUGGUUUGGACUGGCCAUUGGUGCUCGCGAUUGGACUGAAGAGUGGUUAAGUGAAGGGUUUGCCACUUUUUUAGAAGAUGUAUUUUGGGCUAAGGCACAACAGCAGCUGUCACAUGAUGAAGUAAAAGGGCUGCAGGAAUUGAAAGCUUUACUUCGCUGGCGCCGACUCAGAGAUGAGGUGCAGAACUCUGAAGAAGAGCUGCAAGUUUUAAGGCCCAAAAAGGAAAGCACAGGAGAAACGAGCGAGUCUGGAGCAUCCAUUGUCAAACAUGGUCUUAAAGCAGAAAAAGUCUUCAUGCAGGUCCACUACUUAAAGGGUUACUUCCUUUUGCGGUCUCUGGCAAGGACAAUAGGAGAGGCUUCAUACCUUUCAUCUUUACGAAAAUUUGUCCAUAAGUUCCAUGGACAGCUUGUCCUUUCUCAGGAUUUUCUUUGCAUGCUGUUGGAAGACAUACCUGAACAAAAAGAAUCUGGGUUAACUGCAGAAAGCAUCUUCCAGAAUUGGCUUGACACUUCCGGAAUACCAAAGCCUUUGCUGGAGGAGCGCGAGACGUGGAAGGAGAGUCGGCUCGUCCAGCAAGUGAGCGGCGAGGUCACAAAAUGGAUUCGGACAAACCAGAUGAUGAGAAAAAGUGGCAAAAAGAAAAGAAGGCUGGAUGAAGUUGUUUUCCAAAAGGUUCGGCAUCGGUGGUGCGAGCUUAUUGUUAAACACAAGUAUGUGCCUGGGUAUGAAGAUGUUGAGAAAUUCCUCAGAGAAGAUCAGGCAAUGGGUGUGUAUCUCUAUGGUGAAUUAAUGGUGAAUGAAGAUGUGAAACAACAAGAACUUGCACAUAAAUGCUUUGCUGCAGCGCGAGAACAUAUGGAUGCAUCCUCAGCCAAAGUGGUGGCAGAGAUGUUGUUCUGAAGAGGUGAUUUUUCUUUUUAGAUUAAACACCCUGGCUUUGCCUCAUGCUGAAAUAAGGUGCAGAUGUAAUAAAUUUUGGCACACCAUAGAGCUUGUGGCUGCUUUGCUCGAGAAGUAACUCUUGUUAAAAGCGUCUUGCUUUUUCUUUUUUUUUUAAAUUCUUUUUCCUAUUUUUUUAAUUCCAUCUGCUGUAGCAGUGGGUUAGAUAAUUGUAGACCCUAGCUGGAGAGCAUGGAGCAUGGCUUUGUUGUAAACUUUGCAAUGGACUGUACAAGAGGCAACUGUAAGUCUGAAUGGCCAGAGCAGGCCAGGCUUCACCUGCAGUUGUUUCCCAUUCUGUAUUUUUAACUCCUCUCACAGAAAUUGCAGUUGUGCAAGGAGCAUUUCUGUUUAAUGAAGCUGCGUGUUGACUUGAUAGGCAGCAGUCUUACAAUGGACACAUGAAGCUUUGCGCUUGGAAGCAAAUCUGAAUCAUGUGAGAACAAGCUGAUAAUUCAAAUGGCUUUGUGUUAAGAGUAGUGAGGCCUUUGAAGACGGGUUACGAGGUAAGAAGAGCAACCUUAACAUGAAAAAACUGCUUACCAUCAUACAUAAUCUGAAAUUAGGGGGGGAAGGAAUCGCCAGAGAAAAAGCAGAAUUGCAAGAAAUGUUCAUGGAGUAAAGAUUGCUGCAGGCUAUAAACUGGUAAUUUGCAAACAUAUUCUCCAUUUCUCAGUCUAUUUGAGUAACUAGAGGUAAGCUUACAGUGUCUGUACAUGCAUGUUUAACACACAGCCAAUUAGGAUUGGUAUGAAGGUCUCUUCCAGUACAGCAUACCUCAGAUUUUUGCUUAAUGAUAUAACCCAACUGACACUCUGGUUGCCUUGGUUGUUCACAUAACUUUAUAGUUGAUUUAUGGUAUCAAAAUUCAGGCAUCUGAAUUAUCAAAAGCAUCAAUUUCUAAUGGGUACUGAGCAGAAAUCUUCAUUUUCUCCCAUUCAAGCCUGUACAUGUAGCAGUACUUGUAGUGAACACUUGAAUUUGUGAUGUUUAUUUUAUUCAUAUGAAAUAUAGCAGAUGAUAUAUACCAUGAAAACAAGUUUGUUUAUGAACAGCCAUUUUGUUCUUUUGUAUAGACAAGAAUUAUGCUUGCCAAGAAAAUUUUCAACAGUUUUUAGUCUAGUAGAUGCCUUCAAGUGUCUGAAGGCCAGAAACAUGGAGAUGCAGUUUGUUCUGGCACUGUGUACUAGGAACUGUCUUAGAUAUUUCCUUCAAUAAUAAAAUAAAAAUCAAAAUUU